CGAAACGAGAGCAGCCACGGCGACCUGUCGCCGCGGCCGCACUACCCGUCGAUGCCCAAGUACCCAAAAGGGGUAUCGGUAUCGUCGGAUCAAGAGAGGAAUAUGCAAGGAACGGAAGCCAAGGCUCUGUUCUGCGUCACCGGCAUGACUUGCUCUGCAUGCGCCGGAUCGGUGGAGAAGGCUGUUAAGAGGCUCCCUGGAAUCAAGGAGGCGGUGGUCGACGUCUUGAAUAACAAGGCUCAGGUCUUGUUCUAUCCCAGCUUUGUCAAUGAAGAAACAAUACGUGAGACUAUAGAAGAUGCUGGAUUUCAGGCUAUGUUAAUAGAGGAAGAAACAAAGGAGAAAGCCACCCAAGUCUGUAGGGUUGCAAUAAAGGGAAUGACUUGUACUUCUUGCUCCACAACUGUUGAAUCUGCUUUGCAGGCUAUCCCUGGUGUACAAAAAGCACAAGUUGCAUUAGCGACUGAGGAAGCUGAAGUCCACUAUGAUCCAAAGCUUUUGAGCCACAAUCAGAUCUUGGAAGCUAUAGAAGAUACAGGAUUUGAAUCGAUUCUCAUUAGCACGGGAGAGUUCAAGAGCAAGGUAAUGCUGCAAGUAGACGGUGUACGCACUGAGAAUUCCAUGAGGCUGAUUGCAAAUUCACUUGAGGCUCUCCCAGGUGUUCAAGAUAUAGACAUUGAUCCACAGCUCAAUAAGGUUUCCCUUUCUUACAAAUCAGGUGUAACAGGACCUCGGAAUUUUAUUUCAGUAAUUGAGUCGACUGGGUCAGGGCGUUUCAAAGCAAAGAUAUUCCCUGAAGGAGGGAUUAAAGAAUCCCACAGAAAGGAGGAGAUCAGUCAAUAUCGCAGGUCAUUUCUCUGGAGCCUCAUUUUCACAAUUCCUGUUUUCCUUACCUCAAUGGUCUUCAUGUAUAUUCCUGGUAUUAAGGAUUGGCUGGAUACCAAGGUUGUUAACAUGCUCACAGUUGGAGAACUUUUGAGGUGGAUAUUAUCUACCCCUGUGCAGUUCAUUAUUGGUCGACGUUUCUACAUAGGUUCUUAUGCUGCACUUCGGCAUGGAUCUGCAAAUAUGGAUGUUUUAAUUGCAUUGGGAACAAAUGCAGCCUACUUUUAUUCAGUCUAUUCAGUCUUGAGAGCUGCCACUUCUACAGAUUUCAAGUCUUCUGAUUUUUUCGAGACCAGUUCGAUGCUCAUUUCAUUCAUUCUGCUUGGGAAAUAUCUUGAAGUUCUGGCUAAAGGGAAAACAUCUGAGGCUAUUGCCAAGCUCAUGGACUUGGCUCCUGAUGCAGCAACUUUAUUAACACUCGAUGAUGAAGGAAACGUGGUGAACGAGGAAGAAAUUGAUAGUCGAUUGAUACAAAAGAAUGAUGUGAUUAAAAUCCUUCCUGGUGCAAAAGUAGCCUGUGAUGGUUUUGUCAUCUGGGGACAAAGCCACGUGAAUGAGAGCAUGAUAACUGGAGAAUCGAGGCCAGUGGCUAAAAGGAAGGGAGAAAUGGUGAUUGGAGGAACUGUUAAUGAGAAUGGAGUGUUGCAUAUUAGAGCAACAGCGGUUGGAUCGGAGAGUGCUCUUUCCAAUAUUGUUAGACUAGUUGAAUCAGCCCAAAUGGCUAAAGCUCCUGUCCAAAAAUUUGCAGAUCGUAUUUCCAAAUACUUCGUACCUCUGGUUAUUACUCUCUCGAUUUGCACUUGGCUUGCCUGGUUUUUAGCUGGAAAGUUCAAUCGUUACCCCAGAUCUUGGAUUCCAUCUUCUAUGGAUAGCUUUCAGCUAGCCCUUCAAUUUGGUAUUUCUGUUAUGGUUAUAGCCUGCCCAUGUGCCCUUGGCCUUGCAACUCCAACUGCUGUUAUGGUUGGCACUGGAGUUGGUGCUUCUCAAGGUGUCCUUAUUAAAGGUGGUCAUGCAUUAGAAAGUACACAGAAGGUAAACUGUAUAGUCUUCGACAAAACUGGGACUCUCACAGUUGGCAAGCCAGUAGUUGUAAAUACGAGGCUCUUGAAAACAAUGGUGCUAAGAGAUUUCUAUGAAUUGGUUGCUGCAACUGAGGUAAAUAGCGAACACCCCUUGGCCAAAGCGAUUGUUGAGUAUGCUAAAAAGUUUAAGGAAGAUGAAGAGAAUCUUGUAUGGCCUGAAGCCUCGGAGUUUGAGUCCAUAACUGGUCACGGAGUGAAGGCUAUUGUCCGAAAUAAGGAAGUCAUUGUAGGCAACAAGAGCCUCAUGUUGGAUCAAGGCAUUGCAAUUCCAAUUGAUGCUGAAGAAUUGUUAACGAAAACUGAAGAGUUGGCUCAAACAGGGAUUCUUGUAUCUAUUGAUAGGGAGCUUGCUGGAGUUCUUGCAAUAUCAGAUCCUUUGAAGCCUGAAGCACCCCAAGUCAUUUCCAUUCUCAAAUCUAUGAAUGUGCAGAGUAUGCUAGUAACGGGCGACAACUGGGGAACAGCCAAUGCCAUUGCUAAGGAAGUUGGAAUUAGCUAUGGUGUUAUUGCAGAAGCCAAACCUGAAGAUAAAGCCAAUAAAGUGAAGGAGCUGCAGGCUUCAGGAAAAGUAGUAGCAAUGGUUGGAGAUGGAAUCAACGACUCUCCGGCUCUUGUAGCAGCUGAUGUUGGAAUGGCAAUUGGCGCGGGGACUGAUAUAGCCAUAGAGGCAGCUGACAUUGUGAUCAUGAGAAACAACCUGGAAGAUGUAAUUACUGCUAUACAUCUUUCCAGGAAGACCUUCUCCCGCAUCCGAUUGAACUACUUUUGGGCUUUGGGUUACAAUCUGCUUGGAAUUCCCAUUGCUGCUGGGGCACUCUUCCCAUCCACCCGAUUCCGCCUCCCACCUUGGAUUGCCGGAGCAGCAAUGGCUGCCUCUUCAGUGAGUGUUGUUUGCAGUUCUCUUCUGUUGAAGAAUUAUAGGAGACCCAAGAAGUUAGAUAGUCUAGAGAUUGGUGGAAUAACAAUUGAGUGAUUGUUGGUAAAUCUAUGAACUACUCCUACUAAGUUCUUAUUUUCACUCUUUUCGUUCCGUUGCAAUCAGAACAAGCUGUUAGUAAUCCUUGUUCUAGCCUAGGAAAUGUAUAUUGCCCUUGUAAAUAAAUAACUUGUACA